UUGGGCUGAUCAAGAGUUAGGGAGAAGAUUCAGUAGAGAGACGCGGAUGUGUGUGUAUGUAUGUGUGUGAGAAAAGGAACGGAGGAUAUAGGGAACGGAGGACAGAACAGGUGAUUCAAACUCGUGUUGCCCGCUGCAUCUCGUUACAGCUCCGUCGUUUGGUUUUGUUUUAAGUUCGUUGCAUCUUCCUCCCCCCCAAAAAAAAACGUGGAAUGGCAGUUGGUGCAGAGGAAGGACCAGCAUUUAAAGAAAACUGGAUUUAAAACGGAGAAGGGGGGGUGAGAAAACAAAAAAAAAUGCGGAGCUCCUGCAAUUCCGUGCACGGUCUGCUGUAUCCUUGCAACUUCUCUCGCCGUGCAAACUGUCGCAAUAGUGGGAUAACUGCAAACUACAGCCGGCUCGGUUGCUGAGAUUACGCUUCUCCCACCACCGACAGCCCACCCCCCCUCCCCUUCCUCAUGUAUAAAACGAUGAUGAUUUUCACGCGGUUGAACCGUACCAAGGAGAAGCUGCAGGCUGAUUCGGCUGCCCGGGAACUGAAUGCAUCCUCCGGCAGUUUUGUGCGCCGUGCAUUGUAAAUAUUGCACCGAGCAGGCGAAGGGCAGAGAGAUAGAACAAGGUGGUGGGGUUUUUUUGGGGGGGAGGAGGGGAAAGAAGAAGAAUCAAAGGAAAAAUAAACCGUCGCUGCCUGCUCUUCCCUCUCUCUGUGCAGAAAUACAAGAAAAAACAAGCCAAGAAACUUGCAACAUCGAUGGAUGUUCAAUAGUGUUCAAUUUUGUGCUGGUUUUCCAGCAACGCUAGAGAGAUACAGGGCUGCUUUUUUUUAAAAAAAGGAAUUGUUAUUGAGGAGAGUAGUGCAGGUUGAAGUCUGGGUUGUGUGACCAAAGCUUGGGAAGUGGUAUCCCUUGUUUCUUGCUGGUGCAGUGAUGGACGUGCGGGAUUUCUACCUCCUCUUCGCUCUGGUCGCCUGCCUGACGGUGGACUGUACCCUGGCGCAGGAGCUGGUCUACACCAUCCAGGAGGAGCUGCCGGAGAACAUCCUGAUCGGCAGCAUCCCGCGGGACCUGAACAUCUCGGCCGGCGGCGCCGACCUCAUCUACCGCCUGGUGUCCAAGGCGGGCGAGGUGCCGCUGCUGCGGGUCUCCAGCGGCACCGGGGACAUCUACACCGGCUCGCAGCGGGUCGACCGGGAGAGGCUGUGCGCCGGGGAGUCGGGGUCGAGCGAGUGCUCGUUCGAGAUCGAGGUGGUGAUCCUGCCCAACGACUACUUCAGGCUGGUCAAGGUGAAGCUGGUGGUGCGGGACGUGAACGACAACGCGCCCAUGUUCCCGUCGCCGGUCAUCAACAUCUCCAUCCCGGAGAACACGCUGCCCAACAGCCGCUUCCCCAUCCCGUCGGCCAGCGACCCGGACACCGGCGCCAACGGCGUGCAGCGCUACCAGCUGUUAGACGGGCAGAGCGUCCUGGGCUUGGACGUGGUGGAGAGCCCCGAGGGCGAGAAGUGGCCGCAGCUCAUCGUCCAACGGGGCUUGGACCGGGAGCAGAAGGACACCUACGUGAUGAAGAUCAAAGUGCAAGACGGCGGGGAACCCCCGAAAUCCAGCACCGCCAUCCUGCAGGUCACCGUCAGCGACGUGAACGACAACCGCCCGGUGUUCCGGGAGAGCCAGCUCGAGGUGCAGUUGCCCGAGGACUCGCCCCUCGGCACCUCGGUCAUCCAGCUCCACGCCACCGACGCCGACGUGGGCUCCAACGCCGAGCUCCGCUACCUGUUCAGCCCGCAGACCCCCGCCGCCGUCCGCCGCUACUUCGCCCUGGACCCGAGCCUCGGGCUCAUCACCGUGCAGCGGCCGCUCGACCGGGAGGACGUCUCGCUGCACAAGAUGACCGUGCUGGCGACCGACGGAAGCUCCAGCCCCGCCCGAGCCACCGUCACCGUCAAUGUCACCGAUGUGAACGACAACCCGCCCGGGAUUGACAUCCGCUACAUCAUCAGCCCGGUCAAUGGCUCUGUGCACCUCUCGGAGAAAGACCCGGUCAACACCAAAAUCGCCCUCAUCACCGUCUCCGACAGGGACACGGAUGUCAAUGGCAAGGUGGUGUGCUACAUUGAGAAGGAGGUGCCCUUCCACCUCAAAGCUGUGUAUGACAACCAGUACCUGCUGGAAACCUCCUCCUUCCUGGACUACGAGAGCACCAACCAGUACUCCUUCAGGAUAGUGGCAUCAGACGCGGGCAAACCCAGCCUCAACCAGAGCGCCCUGGUGAGGGUGAAGCUGGAGGACGAGAAUGACAACCCCCCGGUCUUCAGCCAGCCCGUAAUCGAGCUGGCAGUGCCCGAGAACAACCACCGUGGCCUCUACCUGACCACCGUUAGUGCCACGGACGACGACAGCGGCAAGAACGCAGAGAUCGUCUACCAGCUGGGGCCCAACGCCUCGUUUUUCGACCUGGACCGCAAGACGGGCGUCCUGACCGCCUCCCGGGUCUUCGACCGGGAGGAACAGGAGCGUUACAUUUUCACCGUGACUGCCAGGGACAGCGGUAACCCUCCGCUACAGAGUCAAGCGGCCGUGAUCGUCACCGUGCUGGAUGAGAAUGACAAUAACCCCAAAUUCACUCACAACCACUUCCAGUUCUUUGUGUCCGAGAACCUGCCAAAGUACAGCACCGUGGGAGUGAUUACUGUCACUGACCUGGAUGCAGGGGCCAAUGCAGAGGUGAUGGCUUCUGUUGUGGGUGACAAUGCAAAUUUUAUUCUGGACCCACUGAGUGGUGUGAUAAGGUCCAACGUAUCAUUCGACAGAGAACAGCAAAGCUCCUACACAUUCGAAGUUAAAGCUGUGGACAGGGGGAGACCAGUCCGCACUUCCAUUGCUAAAGUCACUAUCAAUGUCAUAGAUGUCAAUGAUAACAGUCCCGUUGUAAUCUACCCACCCUCCAACUCUUCAUUCAAAUUAGUGCCCCUGUCUGCUAUACCUGGUUCCGUGGUGGCAGAAGUGUUUGCUGUGGACGUUGAUACAGGUAUGAAUGCAGAGCUCAAAUACAGCAUUGUCAGUGGAAAUAACAAGGGUUUGUUUCGAAUUGACCCUGUGACGGGUAAUAUUACCUUGGAGGAGAAACCGACUACCGUAGACCAGGGCUUGCACCGUCUGGUCGUGAACAUCAGCGAUUUAGGUUAUCCAAAACCCUUGCACACACUUGUGCUUGUCUACUUGUAUGUAAAUGAUACGGUAAACAAUGCUAGUUACGUCUAUGAGUUAAUACGGAGGACAAUGGAGACUCCACUAGAUAAGAACAUUGGAGAUGGCACCCAGCCCUGGCAAAAUGAGGAUUAUCUUACCAUAAUGAUUGCCAUAGUGGCUGGAGCCAUGGUAGUGAUUGUGGUCAUCUUUGUUACAAUAUUGGUGCGGUGCCGGCAGUCCUCAAGGUUCAAGACUACACAAAGGAACAAGCAGGGUGCUGAAUGGAUGUCUCCCAAUCAGGAGUGCAAGCAGAACAAAAAGAAGAAAAGGAAGAAAAGAAAAUCCCCAAAGAGUUCCCUCCUAAACUUUGUCACUAUUGAGGAAUCCAAACCUGAUGACCCUGCCCAUGAGCCCAUCAAUGGAACCAUUACCCUUCCAGCUGAGCUGGAGGAGCAAACGAUAGGGCGAUUUGACUGGGGCAGCACACCACCAACUACAUUUAAGCCCAACAGCCCAGACCUAGCGAGGCAUUACAAAUCUGGCUCUCCGCAGCCCUCUUUUCAUCUGAAGCCAGACACCCCUAUUUCUGCGAAAAAGCAUCACGUGAUUCAGGAGCUCCCUUUGGACAACACCUUCGUUGGGGGUUGUGACACCCUGUCGAAGCGCUCUUCCACUAGUUCAGACCACUUCAGUGCCUCAGAGUGUAGCUCCCAAGGAGGCUUCAAGACAAAGGGCCCAUUGCACACCCGACAGUCUCACCGCCGCGUUACAUUUCAUCUGCCUGACGGCUCCCAGGAAAGCUGCAGUGAUAGUGGUUUAGGAGACCAUGAACCAGUAAGUGGUGGCACGCUGAUCUCACACCCUCUCCCUCUGGUUCAGCCACAGGAUGAGUUCUACGAGCAGGCUUCCCCAGACAAGAGGACCGAGGCCGAUGGCAACUCUGACCCAAAUUCUAUGUACACGUCUUCAUCAUCUAAUAACUUGUCCAGAAUCUCUACAGAUGACAUAAAGCUGGGUGGGAGAGUGAGCUGUGAGGAGGAUGUAAAAAUGCUUCAGUGCGAUUUGGACAAGAUGAAUGAGUGGACAAAUCUGUAUACUGUGGAUAAACGUGAGGCUAUCCACUUUGGGAGCAAAAACAGUGAUGUUCCACUUGGUCCAAGAGGGCUAGCUGAAGCAACAGAGAUGUGCACUCAAGAAUGCUUGGUCCUUGGCCACUCAGACAACUGUUGGAUGCCUCCAGGGCUUGGUUCCUAUCAGCAGCUCAAGUCCCCUCUCGCGACCUUUGGAUCUCAGAAAGAAUGGAUUAAGAAAGAUAAGAUAGUGAAUGGACAUGCACUCUCAAGGGCCUGGAAGGAGGAUGGGAACAGAAACCAUUUUAAUGACAGGAAACUGAUUAGUGGCAAUGAGGGACAUUACACCACUGGGAACCAAAUGACAGACAUUCCUUUGGCCAGUCUGAAAUCAUACAACCAUACACCAACAUCCUUGGAGAAGCCUAAAGAACAUCAGCUAUGAAGAGUGCUUUUCCUUUACUUAACAUUAACUCAUGCAAGCCUGAUUACAGGCUAUAGUGGUAGAAUAUGCGAAUCCUGUGUGUCAGAAUUCUGUGUUACGGGUAGGCCUUUAGACCAGUGUUGCAGCAAGUACUUGAAGUUAUUUGUGUUUUAGAAUGAUGAGGUUUGAUCAUUUCUGUAGUCCACUCGCUGUCAGUUCACAUGCAAAAAUGCAAAAUAUUGUGAUUGAUUAAGUGACUACCACAAGUAUGUUGUUCCACCUGAACUGCAUGUCAACAUGAUAAUAUACUGGUGGAAUUGUCUCACGGUUGUGUCCUCAGAGCCACUGAGAAAUGAGAGAUGCCAACUGAAGCAGAAAGUGCAGGGGAACAAAAUAUUUCUUUUACUUGAUAUCGAUUGCUGCUGAUCCACUUUAAAAAAAAUUUAAACAGGAGUGAUAUUGACCAUGGCUACAAAUGGACAAAACAAAUGUCUCUCUUGUGCAGUAAAAUGAUCCAAGUGGACACUUCAACCAACACUCAAAGUGUUUGUAAAUACAAUAAAUCUACUUUUAUGUAAUUAUAUCCUUCGCCAACAGUAGCAAAAAGCAGUGUUGCACAGUUACUUCCCUCCCCAGCUCUUCUCCUCUCUUUGUUUGUAUAAUUUUUGGGUUUAUUUGUUGCUUCUUGUUGCUGACCUCCCAGUGAAAGUGAUAUGAGUGUUUGUGAUCUGUCCAGGACCAUUUUGUUUUCACAAUCACAGAAUAUUUAAUGUGUUGUGCCUUCAUUAUGUACUAAAACGUAAUACUGGUUGCUGUGAGAGCUGGGCAAAACUCUACAUCUAGUUAUCUGUACAUUUGUUCAAUGCCUGGCAGGUACCAGCAUCAUGUUUACUUGUUACAUGAGUACGAGGAAGUUUCCAACACAGCUUUUAACAGCAUGUUUAAGCAUACAAGAAUCAAUGCUUUUUUCAAAAAAAAGCAAAAUUCAACAGUUUGGGCAUGGAAAGCCAAUUUAACAAUCUGGUAGAUAGCAUGUUUUGCAGAAUUGGCUGAUUUACUUUUUUUUCAAAUACAUUCCAAUAAUAGUAACAGUGAGGGUAAAAAAAAACAAAAAUGCAUACAAAAAAAAGGAAAACUAAAUAAAACAAGCAACCAAAAAAAACGAAACAAAGCCAGCAGUCAUUUAAAAGCCGUAAUUGCCCCCUUUUUGAGGGGGUAGGGGUUAUUAUUUACAGACCAAUCAUACCUACAUGUAAAGUAAUGAAUACCUGAGUCUGCAUCAUAGAAUCUGGGGUUGGAUUUAAGCUGCAAAGUCCAGAAGCAGUGAAACACUACUUAAUAACACAAUUCAGUAAUUCAAUUUUCUUUUUAAUUUGUAUCCGCUGUUAUGUAUUUUAAUACAUAUAGUGUACUUUUUAUAUGAGAAAUCUGGGAUUGUCAUUGAGUAUAACAUAUACAAAAAGGUCUGUGGUGUGAGCUUAACACAGUGAUAGUAAAUUGGUGCAAACAUUAUUGUGAUGUAGGUUAUAUUUUAGGCACUGAAGCCACAAAAUUCAAAAGAAAAGCUUGGAAAUACAGAAAUGUUUAGUACGCUGUAUAUAUUACAAUUGAAUAACAUUCCCCACCUCCUUAAGCCCUGCUAGUUUAAUUUCAUGAUUGCUGAUAUUUCAGAUACAGUUUUUUUUCCCCCUGUGUAUUGAUGUUAACACAUAUCUUUAUUAUAUCUAUAUCCAGUAAAAGAGUCAUUGAAAAAUAUUUUUAACUUAGGAUACUUGUCAGGUAAAAUUUUUUUUCUUAGAAUAUGUGCUAACAAAAUGUCCACAGCAUAAAUGUAACUUGUAACUUAAAUGUUAGAGCUCAACUCUAAAUGUGUUUCCAAUACUGAACUUUGAAAUAAAGAUAGCAUGUUAACAUGAAAAUGGAUUCACAUGAAGUAUAGUUCGUUAAAGGGGUAGCAACAGCGUUAAAUGUUGAAAACAUUUUGAACUCAGUAAUGUAUUUGGGUGCAAGUGCUUUAAAAACCUGCAUUUAUAUUGGCCCUCUCAUGACCUCAGGACAUCUGUAAUGUGCUGUACUGCCGAUGAAGCACUUUUUUGAGGUGCAGUCACGUUGUGAUGUAGGAAACCCAGCAGUCAAACUGCACACCCCCAGUUCUAAGACAUUUGUGUCAGAACGACCAGAGGGAUAAAUAUCGAACAGAACACCAAGAAAGUUGCCCAGGUUUUCUUCAGAAUGGUAAUCAACAUAGGUUGUAUACAUCUGAAAGGCAGGUGAGGCCUUGAUCUUUAAAACUUCUCAGCCCAAAGGUUACAUCUCGGGAGCACUGGGAUCAUUUUUCUUGAUUAUGGUCAAGUUCAGAAAGCUGUCCAAAGGAGUGGGCCUGAAUGGCUAAAGCGGAGAAAGGUUUUUUUUCCACAAUACGGCCCCUGAUUAUAGGUUUUGCUAGUCCUUUUGAGGCGAGGGUACAGGCUGAGCUGGAGAGAAGCAAGCUAAAAGGUUGCGGGCAUGAAGACAAAAGAUCCAUUAAGAGCAGCUUGAUAACUUUCAAACUCGAGCAAAACAUGAGAAUCAUGCUCUUGCAUUAUUCAGCCUUGGUGUCCAACAAAUGGGGAAUAUUUAUCUUUGAAAAAAAAAGAAAUAACCAAAAAUCUCUCCUGCAAAGGAAGAAUAAAGAUGUUGUCUUUGGGUGCUGCAUUCCUAAUGUCCUUCUGUAUGCAAUCAAAGUAAUCUAGCAGGACAGGGAUGCAAUCCCAUACACACACACACAGACACACACACACACACACACACACACACACACACACACACAUGCAUAUAUAUAUAUAUAUAAAUAUAAAUAAGAUAUACAUAAAUAAUUUAAAUAUACAUUGACUUACAUGCUGGGCACUAGAAGAAAAUAUAAGAUUCACCAAUUUGUGCUUGUGCAUAGCACGAAAAGAUUAAGUCCCUGUUUUAAGUUUUGAAGAUCAAAAUGUUAUACUUUGUAUAAGCAGCUCAUGUGUUUUUGGUUUUGUCAAACUGUUAAAAUGUGGGUUGCAGAUGAUCUGCUUAGUCACAGUAAAUUCUGUUGGUCUGCAAGAAGUGUUUUGAUGAAGAUGGCAAAAAUAUAUGACAGUUAUUCUUGUUACUGCAUUGUUGGUUCAACGUUAUUUACCGUUAUUCUGCUCUGCAAUAAAUGUUUGACAUUCUGUAAUGUGUUGUAUUAUUCUAUAAACUCAUCACUAGAUUUGAAU